AGCAAUGCUUGGCGGGAGAGUCGUUCAUGUCGUGAUUGUGCGCACAUGUUUUUUCCGACAAUCAAACUCCCGAUGGCCACAAAAUCCCUUUUUUUUUCUCACCCUUUAAACUGAACAUUUUAACGUUUAAACGUUCAUCACACAACAAAAACGACAUCAGGAGAGGGUGUUGCGUGCUGCGAGACACGAAAAUUGGGUCAUGUGACCAAGCCGGACCACUGAGAGCUCGAGCACUGCUGGGCGGGAGAAGUUCAUUCCUGGUCUAUCUAACGGCUCAGAUGGCGAUGCAGAAAAUGGCUGGACGAGGAGUGUCGUGGAGGGAGAGGGAGACACUGGAUCUCAUCGACUUCUGGGGAGAGGAGAAGGUCCAGGAGUCACUGUCAAUGUGCCACAGAAACAUAGACGUCUUCGAAAAGAUCGCGGAGCAGAUGGCGGCAAGAGGGCACAAGCGCACGGCUUUGGAAUGUCGGACGAAGACCAAAGCGAUGCGCCAAGAAUACAAACGAGUGGUGGCACACAACUCCAAAUCCGGAAAUGCACCCACAACGUGCCCAUAUUAUGCCCAGCUACAUCGUAUCUUCAGGGGCGAUGCCAGCAUCAGGCCACAACGGGUGGCCAGAAGCCUCUCCCUUCCGCAUGCCGACACUCCGAGACCAGUUCAAUUUGAGGGGUCCGAGGAACUGUUUAGCCACCCGAUGGUGACCCUGAAUCUACAAUCUGUGGAUGUCACAGCAAACGAUCAAGAUUUAUUCCGUGAAAAACAACUCAAGCAGAAGCGACCCUGAAGUCACAGUAAUCAACAAGUUUGGACAUGCACCGGUGACAUUAGAUGUGUGGGAACCUGUUAUCCUGUGACAUCGUCAAGCCACUUGGGAGUUCACAUCACUGGACAAUACAUGUUAUUCUGACAAGAGUCUUCCAUUCAUACUCGCAUCACUAAUAUCCAAACUUUCCUAAAUAUAACUUACGCUUAUGUUUCUUCCAGGGGCUGCAUCUGACCAGGAACAAUUGAUGGAAGCAUGUGAUGGGGGAGAGGUGGGAGAAGAAGAUUCGGACUUGACUCAGGUGGAUGAAAUCCCGGAGGAGCAUGAGGACGGCGGUCGUCAAAAUGUGGUCGCUGAAAAUCAGCCCGUUGAAACCGCACCAAAAACCACGGCACAGAUGUCGCCUGCAUCUCGGCUAGAAAAGGCUAGAACCCGAAGCAGACGUGUGGCCUUGCUUAGCACCGUGGCAGAAAAGAUGUUGUCUCAGGCAGAGAGAGAGGAGAACAACAAUGCCAAGGAAAGAAAACAGACAUUGACGGAGAGCCGAGAGUGGCGCAUGCAAUUUCUGGAAGCGGAGCAGAGAAGGCAUGAGGACACUAUGAGGGAGGCACAAGAAGACAGAAAGGCUUUCAUUGAGGCGCAGCAGCAGAACUUUGAGGGCAUCAACAGAGCGGUCAGUGCCUUAAGCUCCCUAACCGAAAUUUUGCUGGGGGGAAACCGUGAGCAGAGUCACCAAGCCAUGCCAGGACCAUCAUGUGGAAGGGGAAGUGUGCAUAGAUCUUCACAGGAGAACCCACCCAGAAAGAGGUGCCGUGUGAUUAAACCCAGCAAGAAAUUUGAUUUGUGAAAA